ACUCCAUAUACAUUCUUCAAGAGAACAAAUAGCCGAAACUUGAGUAAAUCAGCUCAUUUUCUGGAGAUCUAUUUUUAUUAACUUUGUUAUUGCUUGUAGUAGCGUGCUGGGGCCGGUUGUACGUAUUUGAAAGCUGGAUAGCGCUAUCCACCGGAUAGUGAUUUUUUCAAUCGCUUUGAAAUCAUGCACCAGUUGUUUGCUAUCACUUGGAUUAAAUGUUAGUAUUCCUAAAUCGAGAAUCCUCUUUAAUAAUUGUUGGUUCCAAAGAUGAGAUUUUAUCGCUUUUGGAGCAUUUGUAUAGAACGGUUGCGCUAUUCAGCUUUGGUACAAGCGCCCCCUGAUUAAUUUGAACAUGAAUUGAAAUAUACCACCAGAACGGAAGACUGCACUUAACUCCUAAAUACAAAACUUCAUUUACGUAAAUGAUUUCCUUCUUUAAUAUUCGGUCCCGUUUUCACGGUGCCGGAUUGCUAUCCGAAUUCCGAAUUGGUCAAAUUUUGCGGUUAAUGAAUGGUGAAGAUCCUCAUGCUCAAGUCCAUAAUGAAUGAUACGAGAUCUAUCAGCAUUGACUUCAACGGGAAUAUGUCGUGCAUGACGUCGAUUGACGUCAACGGGAAUAUGUGGUGCAUGACGUCAAUUGACGUCAACGGGAAUAUGUCGUGCAUGACGAACGAAUCCGGAUAUGGUGUAAAGAAAGGGCUGGAAGGCUGGAAAGCUUGCAUAAAUGAGAACCACCAACCUUGCCAACAUACGCAUAGAUUGUAGUCUUCCAUUCUGGCGAUGUUUAAAAGUAUUACUAAAAGCAGUUGAUCUUAAAACGAAACCUGCAUGUAAUUGUAGUCGAACUUUGCAUGUGCCGAACCUAAUGUUAAUAUGCUGAAGUCUUUGUCUAAGUUUAUUUGCAUACAAUUGGGCGCAUGAAAUGUUCGACGUUUGAAACAGGUCUGAUAAGGUUCUGAAUAACUAACAAUUAAUGAAAGUCAUACUACAUAUGCAAAGUAUUGUAUAUAUUUUCAAAGUUAUAGCAUUUUCACUAAGCCGGCCGCGGGACGGCAAAUUACAAUCGGUUCCCUUAGAUGAUAGAUUUACAUUUUGCAUCUCGAACCUAGUUAUCUGAUUUUCUCGACCAUUUACAAAACGACACAAAAUGUCAUGGGUACUUAAUAGCGUAGUAUAUUACUGGCGUAAUCAAGUAAUCCAAUACUAACAUCCCCUGGUUACGCAGUACUUGUAUCGUCGACAGGGGAAAUUUGGAUUUCCUGUGUUUGUUUAUUUAAUUGCUUCCCCUCGCAUAUAAAGUAGGACUUGGUGAAAUCAUUUGCACAGCACACAGUCUCACAAUAGCAUCGUAUACAGAAGACAUUUGCACGAAGAAGAACUAGCCAAACUCUGAGAAGAAAAAUUGAAUCUACAACGUUUACAUUCAGUUGAAGUCUGGCAUCAAACCUAACUCAGAGAGAUUCAAAAUGCAUCUCCUAGAAAUUUUCGUUUUGAUGACCGUUUUGUUACCGAUCGUAAUAUCAGCGGAAGAUGUGGACACUCGGAAGAAACGAUCAGUAUCCUACGCCGUUGAGGGUUGCUACUCCUCAUUUUCAAACGUGGGUCUAAGAAAACGAAUGCGUGGCCACAACUCCAACGUAAAGUGCCAAGAAGUAUGCAGGGACAAGGGUUACAUUUUGGCCGCGACGAAUGGAGAUAACUGUCUGUGUGGAAACGUGUAUCCCAAAGGAAAAAAAGUCGCCGAUAGUCAUUGCACCAGCAGAUGUCGAUCGUGGUCGCCCUGUCAAGGACCUCAAAGCUGCUGCGGUGGAACCAGUGCUUAUUCUGUGAGCGUCGUUGGCAACAUUGAUGUCGCGAAACAAGUUCUUCGUAGACUAAGUCACGAGUGGCAGACGAACAAGAAGUACAGAGAUCACAUGAGAAAUUUUGUUGCGAUAGGCAAAAUUCCAAGAAAGAUUGGAAAUCAUGUAGAGAAAUGGAAGAAAUCUUUUAACAAAAAAGGUUGGUCGCAAUGCGGAAAAGACAGGUACAUGACGGGCUUAUAUAGGAAGAAGAAAACAAAAAAUGACCCUAUUUCCCUUCUCGAUCAGGCAAAAUGUUCCGAUGUUCCUGGCCUUCUGUAUUUAACAAAAAAUGAUCGGGAUUGUUAUAACCACAAUUGGAAGAAAAGUUUCGACAAAAAAGGUUGGUCGACAUGCAAAAACGGUUACUACAUGACGGGACUCUGGCGAAAUUCGGGAAAUAAAUUAGACAAAAUCGAACAAGCCAAAUGCUGCCGACCAAAGUUCCAGGUGAAAAAAUGGGGACAUUGUUACAAUCAAAACGUCCAGAAAUCGUUCGGUAGCAAGGGAUGGAGCAGUUGUAAAAGUAGAUACUACAUGGCGGGGUUAUACAGGGACUCGUGUAACAAAUUAAGCUGCUUGGUUAAAUUUAAAUGCUGCAAGAUGGGAGCUUACAAUGAAAAUUCGUGGGUAAGCAAACCUGACCUUGUGAUAAAAGUUAAAGAUACUUCCGGACAGCUCAAGCAGUGCUCAAUUAAUUCGAUGGAUAAAUCUGCUGAUAGCAACACAUACAAAUGCAACACUAUUUCCGAUCGCUCCGACAUUUUGGCACUCAACGCUGCGAGAUUCAACAUCGAAGAAAAAUCGCCACUGAACGUCGCAGCACCUCAACCAGUUAAAGGUUUCCGUCCAGUCAUAUGCUCCGCUCAUCCUAAUCCAUACAAGUGCACGAAGUGGCUCACGACAUCUGUAUCAACUUCGUCCAGCUUCAAGAUCGGUUCAGGAGUCUCUGUGGCGGUAAAAGUUGGGGCAUCUGUGCAAGUCAGUGCAGGAUUCUUUGGCACAGGAGCGAAAAGCACCUUUACAACUGAAGUCACGACCACAGCCUCUUUUAAUGUCGAAUCCAGCAAGACUAAUACUUACACGACAACGGAUAAGACGGAUGUUUCCAUUGAAGUGCCGAAAAACACUGAAAUCACCAUCAACCUUCUCAGAACUGUUGAGGACUUGGAGUACAAAUGGAAUGCAACAUUCGAGUUGUUGGGAAAAUAUUUUGCUAAAUGGAGCAAUGGUAAGCAAGUCUCUCAAGAUGUGACGACUGUGCUGUCUGGGUCGAAAAGACAGAUGUACGUAUUUGGGAGUUGGAAUUACCCGAGCAGAGAUGUCUUGAGAGUGGUGAUCACGGACAAGUAUGGGAAUAAGAAGUCUGAGGGAUGUGAUCAUGAGGCAGGAAAAGGAGAAAAUUGUGAUUUGUGAGGAAGACAACAUAUGAACAGGUUUUGUGAACUUUAUAACACUUACUAAAGUAUUCAGUUGCGUCAUUUUGAAUAUUUAGAGCGAGACGUUUAGGUCAUCAAUAUUGUAGCUAAGAUAUAGUCGAAGGCUUUUUGUUAGAAAACUUUUUCUUUGUUAAUUAACUUGGACGAUAUUACGGAAUUAGAAAUAUAGUCGAAACAAAGUAGGUGUGUUUUUUCUUAGUAAAUUUCAAUGGCUGUUUAAAUCACAUUGCAUCGACUGGUUAACCAAUCUUUUCUUGCAUGAUUACUGCGCAUGCGGAAACAUAAGAAAGCCGCACUUUAGCCUUGUUGACGUCACCAUUUGAUAUUUCGGAUCGUGUCCGAUAUGUUAACUUAAUCGAAUCGUGUUGAUGUGUUAACUUAAUCCGUGGUUGUAAGCCAAAAUUUUAAAAUACUCUUAUAAUUUAUAUCCUGUAUGAAUAAUUGAAUCUACACCUCGUGCAUUGAAUUCGUACUUUCAUUGAAAAUUAAACUGUCCCAUUCCAGUAGCGAAGACAGCUAUUGUACCAGCAAUUCAAAGUUCAGGUUUUUUAAGGGUUAGAGACUGUUCUGAGUAUUUUGUUGAGAAAUGAACGCAUUUGGUGACCCUACAAUGAACUCGAGAUUUCAAUACUGCACGAGGCCGUAGUUCAUUAUGGUUCAUUGCUGCAUUGAAGAUCCAAGCUUCGUUGCAUAACCGUGAUUUUCAUGGGUUAUUGCGUAUAAAUUACCACUCUCAUGAUCUGUCGCCAGGCAACAAGAAACCACGUGAUUGAUUUUGACCAAUCGCGUGAGUAGAUUUAGGCCAAUGCACGAAAAUUGUAUAUAUUAAUUGCGUUCGACGAAGGAGAACGCUUCCUAGCUUUCCUAGUUACUCAUUCAUUUCAUUGUCAUACCGUAUACUUACUUAACUGAUUUCUUUUUCAAAAUCGGUUGUUGGAAAUCAACGGUAAUAAUAUUCGUUCAGAAAAAUUAAAACUCAAACCGAAAAGUCUUUUUAAACGUUUUUAAAUUGUUAGUAUAUUUAAAUGUAAGAUAAUAAAUUUUUAAUUUUCCUUUUUUUUUUCCAUUAUAAGACGGCUGGUUGUAGUUUGUACGCAUCAGCAAUGCUACGCAUUACGCAAUUAACAUUAAUUUUUAAGAUCUCUAUACACGCGAAAAUACCAAACAUGUAAUAUGUUAGAUUGUCAAAAGCAUGAAAAUAAGAGGUUCUUUAUAAAUAAUUUUUGUAUACUUCACCUGAGCAAUUUUACAUGUGCUAUUAUUCUUUAAUUAAAGAUGUUUAAUUUAGCAGAAAAUCUUGCCUCU